AUGUUACACUACCUGUGGGACACCAGUUCGGUUGGUUCCCCAACCAAGCAACCGCUGGCCGCGCCCCCUGACAUCAUCCGCGACCCGCCCCCUCCCUGUGACCGUGCAUCUCAGCCCCUGGCGGGCGCCAUGUUGGCGUCCCUGUCCAUCACCCGGGAACCGCUGGAUACAGUGACCUUUGAUGAUGUGUAUGUGAACUUCACCGAGGAAGAGUGGAAUUUGCUGGAUCCUUCCCAGAAGAAUCUCUACAAAAAUGUGAUGUCAGAAACCUACCUGAACCUCAAAGCUAUAGGCUAUAAUUGGGAAGAACAUCAUCUUGAAGAACACUGUCGAAAUAAUAGAAGUCAUGAAAGAAAUCUCCAAUAUCAUAAAACAACACAUACUGGAGAGAAAUCUCAUGAAUAUAAUCAAUGUGGUAAAGCCUUUACAAGACCAAGUCAUCUCCAAACACAUAAAAUUACACAUACAGGAGAGAAACCUUAUGAAUGCGAUCAAUGUGGUAAAGCCUUUGCACAGCGCAGUUCUCUCCAAUAUCAUAAAAGAACACAUACUGGAGAGAAACCUUAUGAAUGUAAUCGAUGUGGUAAAGCCUUUGCAUGUCACAGUAAUCUCCAAAUACAUAAAAGAACACAUACUGGAGAGAAACCUUAUGAAUGCGAUCAAUGUGGUAAAGCCUUUGCACAUCACAGUGGUCUCCAAAUACAUAAAAGAACACAUACUGGAGAGAAACCUUAUGAAUGUAAUCAAUGUGGUAAAGCCUUUGCAAGACCCAGUCAUCUCCAAUGUCAUAAAAGAACACAUACUGGAGAGAAACCUUAUGAAUGCGAUCAAUGUGGUAAAGCCUUUGCAUGUCACAGUGUUCUCAACAGACAUAAAAAAACACAUACUGGAGAGAAACAUUAUGAAUGUAAUCAAUGUGGUAAAGCCUUUGCACAGCACAGUGCUCUCCAAAUACAUAAAAGAACACAUACUGGAGAGAAACCUUAUGAAUGUAAUCAAUGUGGUAAAGCCUUUGCAAGACCCAGUCAUCUCCAGUAUCAUAAAAGAACACAUACUGGAGAGAAACCUUAUGAAUGUAAUCAAUGUGGUAAAGCCUUUACAAGACCCAGUCAUCUCCAGUAUCAUAAAAGAACACACACCAGACAGAAAACUUAUUAAUGUAAUCAAUGUGGUAAAGUGUUUUCACCAGGGAUAAAUCUCCUAAUUCUGUGUGCUGGAGAGAAACAUAAUGAAUAUGAUCAUGAAUUAAGUGGGAAUUAGGAGGGUAUCAUAGUAGGAUAUGAUAGACAUGGGUGCUUGGGAUUAUUUCCA